AUGGUGUCGCCAAGGGCCGCUCUACUCUUCGCAGCGAUAGCAGCUGCUGUCGUCCACGACCUCGAGAACUUCACACCAGACUACACGCUGUUUGCGACGGAGCAGGACAUUCAGAUAAACUGCCAGGCGCGCCGCUCCAUCGUCGUCAACGGGACGUCGCCUGGCCCAACGUUGGAUCUCCACGAGAACCAAACCACUUGGAUCCGCGUCUACAACAACAUCUCAGAUCAGAAUUUCACCCUGCACUGGCACGGGUUAGCACAGCGUGCAGCGCCCUUCUCUGACGGCACGCCUCUAGUCUCGCAGUGGCCUAUCCCACCAGGUCGCUUUUUCGACUACGAGAUUCAUCCCGAAAUUGGCGACGCAGGGACGUACUUCUACCACUCGCACGUUGGCUUCCAGCAGUCUACAGCCCACGGCGCGCUCAUUGUCCGUGAUGCGGGCCCUGCGCCCUAUGACUACGACGACGAGAUCCUGCUUAGCAUAGGGGACUUUUACGAAGCUGAAGACGGCGAUAUUGAAAAAGGCCUCUUGGCGGACCCUUUCGAGUGGUCCGGCGAGCCCCAGGCUGUCCUCAUCAACGGCAGGAGUGGCAAUGCCUCAUUCAACAAUGCCACAGACGAGUCGUGUCUACCGUAUCUCAUCGACGUCAAGCCCGAGACGACGUACCGCAUCCGUGCCAUUGGUCGUGCCGCGAUCUCACUGGUCAAAGUUGGCAUUGAGGGCCAUGACGAGCUUACAGUGAUCGAGGCAGAUGGUGAGUACACACAGCCAGCGAAUAUUGACCACAUCCAAGUGGCGCCCGGACAGCGGCAGAGCUAUCUGCUUAGAACCAAGUCAAAGGCUGAGCUGAAGGACGAGGGGCAACGGCAGUUCUGGGUCCGGUACGCGUCGUAUGAGCGUCCGACUAGUAUCACUGGCUAUGCCCUGUUGCGAUACAAGUCUUGCAACGGGACGGGGGAACUACCGGAUCUGCCAGACGAGUCGCCUGUGGAGCUACCGGAAACGACAAAUUACUACCUCGAGGAUGUGCUGCAACCGUUGAAUCCGGCUGUUCGCGAGAAUUUUCCGCGCCUGGAGGAAGUGACCCGAACCGUCACGAUUCAAGUGAAUCAGGAGCUGACACACGGCGCAUUUGUCAACGGCACUUUGCAGGGACCAGUCGUUUGGGUACAAAAUAACGAAACCUGGCAGGAAAACGUCCAGGCAUCGCCUGGCCACGCACCCUACCUCAUCUCCUACUACACCGACACGUCCCCAUACUGGGCACCCAAUCACACGCGCGCCCUUCCCAACGACGGAUUCGACCCUGUCUCGCGAACAUUCACCGCCGUACCGGGCGAGGUUAUUGACAUUGUCUGGCAGAGCAACAGCGGACCGACGGGCGGCUUCGACUUCCAUCCCAUGCACGUCCACGGCGAGCACGUGUACGAUCUCGGCGGAGGCAACGGAACAUACGACGCUGCCAUGAACGAGGUCAAGUUUCAAAACUCGACACAUGUCCCUGCUCGACGGGAUACGUCCAUCCUGCACAGGUACACUACCAAGGGCGCACCUCACACCACAGCCGGCUGGCGGGCCUGGCGCAUCCGCAUCACGGAGGACAAUGUCGGCGCGUGGAUGAUGCACUGCCACAUCGCACAGCAUGCAGUCAUGGGCAUGAACACUGUGUGGGUGUUUGGGGAGAGGGAAGAUGUGCUCAAGGCUCUUGGCGAGCCGCCCUAUGUGAGCGGCUACCUCGAGUAUGGGGGGGAUGCGUACGGCGACGGCGAGGAUGAGGAGCCGUUGGUCCAAGUGUAUGAGUACUUUGAUCGGGCGCAGGCUUGA